AUGCACCUUUUCAUCGAUAACGGCCAAUACAUUCAAGUCUACAACUUUAAGACGUCGGCUCCGGCCGAAAGCCCCAACACCGAUGGGAUUCACCUCUCGAAUUGCCAACAUGCCGUCAUUCAUAACAACACCCUUGCGUGCGGAGAUGAUUGUGUCUCAAUACAAAAGGGAUGCUCUGACAUCAAAGUCUACAACGUCAACUGCGGGCCUGGACACGGGUACAGCAUUGGCGGGCUUGGGCCAAACUUCGCCGAGGCCCAGGUUUCCGACAUUUCUGUUUUCGACUCAAAGGUGCAAAACUCGUUAACCGGAGUACGGAUCAAAACAUGGCCGGGAGGCUCAGGCUCCGUGACCAACGUCCGAUUCUCCAACAUCCAAAUGUCGAACGUGCGGACCUCAAUCGUGAUCGACCAAUUCUACUGUGGGGGCUCGAAAACGUGCAGCAUCACGAGCCGAAACGCGAUUCAAAUUUCAAACGUGACAUUCGAGAAGCUGACGGGCAGCUACACGUACAAGCCCAUAUCCCUCCUAUGCAGCCCGUACAAGCCAUGUCGGGCCCUUAGAGCCUCACUUAUCAACCUUGUGUCGUCCAACCCGAGCCUCGGGCCGACCCAAGCCGAGUGCUCAAACGCCCGAGGGCAGGUGCUCACGCCAACUACACCGCCGCUAAACAACUGUCUCAUGGGUCCGCCGGAAGUAGUCUGGGUGCCGGCGGAUUCGCCGGAGGAUUCACCAGCGCCGGCUAAUUAA